AUGAUAACGGAUGUAAAAAGUUCUAAUGUUAGUCGACAAGAAUUCAUUGAUCUACUUUGUCGAAUAACAAAAUCCGAUGAAGAAAUGAUAACGAAUGUCACUACCGAUAGUAGGAAUGAACCAGAUGUAACAAUUAUUGAUGAAACACCACCAGCCAUUGAAGAUGGUGAAAUAAUUACACUCGAUGAUGAUGAUGAUGACGAUGGUGAAAUUACUAAUAAAAAAGAAAUUGAAGAUGGAGAAAUAACAGAAUCACAAGGAUCAGAUAAUGACGAUGUUGAAGAAUUAAAUUUACGUUUACAUGCUUUACGAUCAUUAGCUGGUGCGCAAAAACAAAAAACUAAAAAAUUUAAAUCGAAACGAAAACGAACGAAUGAGAGUAGUCGUUAUAUAAAAGAUGAUAUCGAUCUUCGUUCACCAAUGAAAAAUCGAUUAUCAUCACGAUAUGGAAAUCAAUCGUCAAAUAACGAUGAUCGUGAAUAUUUACUCGAUAAAGAUUAUCGCCAAAAAAGUGUUUUUGAUAUGCUUCUUUCUCUUAUCUCGCCUGAUACUAACAAUUAUAGUUCAACUGCAAAUAUAAGCAGUAAAAAGCUCGUCGAUAACUACGAUAUUCAACAAAUGGAUAUUGUUGAUGAUUAUCCAAUUUCAGCGCCACCACUUCCACCUCUCCCGCCACCGCCACCGCCACCCCCAUUGCCUCCGAAUCAUCUACCAUUUUUCGAUCCAUUACCACCACUUCCACCUCCACCACCGCCUUUAUUCAAUAUUUUUACUGCUAAUCAACAAUUUUCAUCGACAAAUUGGCCACGACCAAACUUCGUACAACAAACACCAAUUCAAAAUGAUCCAUGGCAACCAUCAUUUAGUCAUACAACCGAUGUUGACCUUCGUCAUCAAACAAUAAAUACUAACAAUCAUCAUCAAACCAUAAAUACUAACAAUCAUCAUCAUUCAAUACCUCAAAUCAAUGAGUCAUUAUCACACAACAAAUUACAACAACAACGGCGAAGACGUACAAAAAAGCCUUCUAAAAGACAUCAUCAUGAACGCGAACAUCCAUCACCUAUUGUUACUGUAAAACUUGAUAGUCCAGAAGAACAAUCAUCACCGUUAGCUAAAACUAAUGAUGAUGAUGAAGAAGAAGAGCGUUUAUUACGUGAAGAACUUUUGCGUACAUUAUCAAGUAAACGUAAAGUUAAAGUAAUUGAAAAACCCAAUGUUGAACCAGAACGCAUUGUUACAAUAGAACGAGCAAAUUCUCCGCCAACAAUUAUUCAAAUAAAUGCACAUCCCACCCCUCCUAUUGUCAUAAAUAAACCGAUUGAAACAGUGCCUAAAACACAAUAUAGUAUUAAUCAACGGUAUAAACGUGUUAAAGCGAACGUAUCGUCGACAAAUUUAACAAAUAAAAUUGAAACAUCAACUACUAUUGUUCGAAAUACACAACCUAUUAUUCAAACACGAAAUAAAAUUGUUCGUGUGCCUGAUACUGAUAUUGAGAUUCCGCAAUCAAAUUCAAUUAUAAUUAAAUUCGAUGAUCAAACAACAGACGAAGAACAAGAACAACCGAUAGUUGGAAAAUCGAAUGGAUCAUCGUACAUUAUCAAUGAUGAAGAACGACAAGCUAUUAAACGAUUACCGCAACAACAAGAAGAAGUUAUUCGCCGAAUGAAUACGACCGAUUCAACGGCUAAAACAAUAGUACAAAAAACACAAACACCGCCGCCGCCGCAGUCACGAAAUGAUAUCAUACAAGAAGCAAUACCAUCAACGGAUGAAUUAAGUGCCUUAUUAGAAAAACGGCGAAUGUUAAUUAUUGGACGAGCUAAAUAUGGUGAAAUUCAAGAAAAAAUGAAAAAGAAAAAUUUAGAAAAUGGACUUUUAGCACGUGAUAUUGAAAGACUUGAAGAGCAAUUAUUAAACAAGAAAACUCAAGUCACAAAUAACAAUGCACUCUUACAAUAUUGGCAAAGAGAGGCAAUGUCUAUUGCACAAAAUAUUAAACAACAAGAAGAUUUAAUUCUUCAAUCAGCUGUUUUUAAAUCUGUUAAACCGGCCACAUCAUCUGUUCCCAAACCACGUCUAGCAACCGAAUUCGAUCAUGCUAGUAUUUCAAAAGUAUUCGAAGAAAACAGUGCACAGAUGCUCUUAUCAAUACUUAUUUGUCCAUUGAGUUUGUAUCGAAAACUACGGCCCUAUCAUACUUGGUUAAAUAUCAUAUCGAAAAAAAUUCCAACGUCAUCCGUUGAAGAUAGUUCAUGCCCAUUGUUUCGAACACGCUCAUUUUCUACUCAAAAUGAUGAACAGUAUUGGAAAACAUGUUUACAAGCAUAUUUUAUUGAUAUUAAUCAAGUUUUUUGUCCAUACGAACUUCAGGGUUCGUGCAAAGCUCAACAUUGUAUUUACCAACAUCAACAUCAAAUUUCUAAUCGUAUUGAUCAAUUUGUUUCUUCGAAAAAUUUCAAUGAAAAAAAUAAACAAAAAAUUCUAAAUCAAAUUGAGAGUGUAUGUACAUUGCAAGCAUUUGAUAUCGAUUUAUCUAUAUUUCAAAAAAGAAUUAGCGAAAAACAGUAUCAACGAUGUCGAAUGAAGCUCGAUCGAUAUCUUUCAAUUUAUCAUGAAGAUUUUCGAUAUUUUCGAGAUAAAUCAACUAUUGGUAGUCAUUCACUUAUCCAUCCAAUACUCGUCAGUGUAUCAAAUCAGCUUGAUGCAGACGAAUUUUCACCUGAACAAGCUGUUGCUGAUCUGGUGGAAGGACUUGAAUUGGAAAGAACGAAUGCACAACUAUGGUGUCUCUAUCUGGAAUUCUCUAGUUGGCACAUGUCGCAAGAUGAAUUACAACUUUUAUGUUCUGCUGCGCUUAAAAAUGCUCAAAGUUAUGAUCUAUUUUGGACAAUUUUUUAUCUAUGUACAAAUAAUAUAGAAGAAUUGAUAUCCAUCUAUUAUACAUUUAUACAAUCAAAUGAAUUUGAUUUUCAUAAUCGUUCCUAUGCAAUAUGUGAGCUCGCAAUGUUUCACGCCAAUCUUUCAUUAAAUUGUGAUCAAGCAUACAAUAAAAUUAAAAAUUACGUAUCGAACUCUUCGCUAGAAAAUGAACAUCGAAUAUAUCUUGCUGUAGUUUUAUUAUACAUGUUUGUGUUUGGUUCAUUUCCUAGAACACUCUAUCAACAGAUGGAUGAAAGUCGCUUUGAUAAACAAAUAUAUCUCGAACCAUUUAUUUGUCCUUGGCAUGCUCUAGCGAAAUAUUCACAUAAUCAAAAUGAAAUAGACAAAUUUUUUGAUGAUUUUAUCAAUGCAACGGAAUUAUCCGAAAGUGAUUUUGCUUUGUAUAUUAAUAAAAUUCACUAUUUAAAUGCUACGAAAAGAUUUGAUCAGUCAAAAGUUUAUAUCGAAUCAUUAAUUGAAGUAUUUCCAUGUUCCAUUGAACUUUGGAUCGAACUUUUAUUGAAUCCAGAAAUAUUGAAAAAUGUUCCUGAAACUCUUGAGCGAGCUAGAAAAACAACAGGAAUUUAUUUUGAAUUUAUUUAUUCACUGUCUUCAUCUAUAAAUAUUCAAUCGAUGUUAAACAAUGAAUCGAUACAAGCGAAAACAUAUCGUGAAAAAUUCUUUUCAGAUCUUUGUCAUUUGUCGUUGGCUUCGGAUCAUGAGUUAAAACAAAAGAAAAUCGAACAUAAUCUUCUACGAUACACUGGAGAAUUACGUGAUAUAACUAUACUUGAUCUAAUUUUUCAUUUUUCGAAUUUUUCUAUCGACGAACAAAGAAAAAUCAUUCUACAAGUGUUAAAUUAUCUCACCACACAUGAUGAUCAUCAACGAAUAUUAAUUCUCUAUUCGUUCUUUCGAAUGAUUCAAAUCGGUCGCGUUUUUGAUAUUGUUAUCGAUUGUUUUCUUUCGAUAAAUAACGAUCAAUUCGAAUGGAUUAUUAAGCCAUUUACUUAUCGUUUAUUAGACGUUUCAAUAAAAAAAGAUCGAAAUACAUUAAUAUGGCCACGUUUUGAUGCAUUUGCAAAGCAAUUAAUACAUAGUACUCAUUGUCAUGAGAUCUAUGUCACUAUUCUACAACGGCUAAUUGCAUCGAUGGAAGACAAGAGUAAAAUUGCUCGUUUAUGUCGUCUAUUCGAAAAACAAUUUUCCAAUUGUGGUAUUAUCUCUCAACAACUUCGACAAAUCAUCUUCAAUUCCACUUCAAACGAUACAGGCGCUACGACUACUUCAUAA